AUGUCAACGCAACUCGCAAGUAACAUAUAUGCUCCAUUGUACGCUCCCUUUUUCGGGUUUGCAGGUUGUGCAGCUGCUAUGGUGCUUUCCUGUUUGGGAGCAGCCAUUGGUACAGCUAAGUCAGGUAUUGGUAUUGCCGGUAUAGGUACUUUCAAACCAGAAUUGAUCAUGAAGUCUUUGAUUCCUGUGGUUAUGAGUGGUAUCUUAGCCAUUUAUGGGCUUGUUGUGGCCGUUUUAAUUGCAGGUAAUUUAUCUCCUACCGAAGACUACACUCUGUUCAAUGGUUUCAUGCACCUAAGUUGUGGACUCUGUGUGGGAUUUGCCUGCUUGAGUAGUGGCUACGCCAUUGGUAUGGUCGGUGAUGUUGGUGUUAGAAAGUAUAUGCAUCAACCAAGGCUUUUUGUCGGUAUCGUUUUGAUUCUAAUUUUCUCUGAAGUUUUAGGGUUAUAUGGUAUGAUUGUAGCUUUGAUUUUGAACACUAGAGGCUCUGAAUGA